AUGCGCUGAGCAUGGCGACGCCACGUACGACAGCGACGACGACGGUCGAGAGCGCUGAAGCCAAAGGGGUCGCGGCGCUGUGCGCUGACGCACGCGCGCUGGCUGUCAAGGGCGUCCUCAAGGCCAAGGCCGGCGACAAUCUCAGCGCCAUCGCGCUCUUCGAAGCCAGCAUUGAUAUGGAUCCCGACAGCUGGAUCUUGUGGAAGCACUUGGCCAUGGCGCAGUUUGAUCUCUGGCGCUACACGGCGACACUGCCACCGACAAAUGACGGCGUCGCCUUUCUCGAGCGACACAAGACGUCGUCACGCGAUGCCGCCAACGCCUUCUUGCAGCGGGCCUACGACACGUUUAUCGUUGCGAUGGAGUACGCAGAGAACAAGACACACCCGGCGCUGCUUCUUCGGCUUGGGUUCUUGUACGUGGAGCUGCACGCGUACGAAGGGGCGCUCACCGUGUGCACGCUUCUCCUCGAGACGUGCCGGGACUACAAGCACAAGCCCGACGCCAUCUUCCUUACGGCGGCUGUCGCGUCCAUGCUGCAGCACCCGCUUCAGAGCAGCGAAUAUUUUUCCCACCUCCUCGAAGCACCGCCGUAUGCGCUUGCGUCGUACCAGCUGCACCUGAUAGCAGGUAUGCAAUGCGACAAGGACGCUGGCAACACCGAAUCCCACGAGCGUGCACGUAUCUUGUACGAAGCUGGCUACCAGCGUCUCUUGAGCGACUUCAGCGACGCCCGAGACGCGUCGCUGCCCGCGUCCGUCGCCACCGCCCUAACGCUCUACCAAACGUCGCGCAAAACCGAAUCGGAGCGUCUCCAGCUCUGGAUCGCCGAUCCGGCGCUGUGGGAGGAGCUCGCUUGUGCUGUGUUUGCGGCCAACCAUGCGACGGUGGCCGCGAGCGCGCUCGAGUACGCGAUCGCACGGGGCGGCGGCAACAGCGCGUCGCUCUUGCUCGUGCUGGGCCGUGUCCACCUUCGACUCGGAAACAGUGCAGUCGCCCAAACCGCGCUCGAGCGAGCUCUGUACAUGGAGUACUACUCGUCGCCCGCAACUCGGUACUACCUCGGCCUUCUGUGCCCGCCGUGGGCCGAAUACUUUGCUGCCGAGACGCGCGGCGCGACGCAACUACAGCGGCUCUCCCGCGGCCACUGCGGACGCCGAUAUGCCCGCGCCUGCCGGCAUGCGCGCAGCCAGCGCUGGCAGCGGAAAUGGUGCGUGCUCACGCUCUUCCAUAGCAAGUGCCGCGCCGCCGCGCUCGCCGUCGCCGAACGCAAGGCGCGCGAACUCGCACGCGAGGCCGCCGCACGAGACACCAUGUACGCGAACGACGUCUACCUCCUCUUGCAGCGGUUGAAUGCCGCGGCCCGGCGCAUCCAGAGCCUGUACCACAUCCAAGAGGCCAAGAAGCUCAAAGCCCAACGGCGCGACUGGGCCGCCAAGCACCGGCAACUGCUCGAGCGCGUGCUGCGCCAUGGCAACGAGCGCUGGGUGCAAGCGUGUUUUGCAUCUUGCGCUGCGUAUGUGCAGCUCACACGAAUCGAAAAGGAGGCGGCCGCCCUCAUGCUCCAGAGCAACGUGCGUCUCUGGCUCGCGCGUCGCCGGUUUCUUGCGGCCAAGGCCAAGGAAGCCAGCCACCGACGCCUCGUAGCGCUCUUUCUUGGGCAGCGCAGUGCACAGCGACGGCGCAAUACGUUUCUCGCGUGGUACUCGAUGCACACGCACGUGCGCGCACUGAAGCGAGCAAGUGCAAGUCGACUCCAGAGCUGGUGGCGCGGACGCCGUGCGCUCUGGGAGUUCCGACUUGCCAUGGCCCACCGACGCCGCGUGCUCAACCACGUCGAGGCGCUGGUUCUCGGGCGCCACGCCCACUGGCGCCUGCAGUGCUUUCGGCACUGGGCAACGUAUCUCGCCACGCGCAUGGUUCUCAAGCACCGGUGCGCCACGCGGAUCCAGCGACGCGUGCGCGGUCUUCUUGGUCGCAAGCGCGCGCGCAGACUCCGUGGUCGGCACGUCUACUGCGAGCGCAUGGUGAUGCACAUGCAGCGCACAACGGCGUCGCGUCUCAUUGAGCGCGUACUUCACAUGUGGCUGCUCUACCUCGAGCUGCGGGCGCGGGAGAAAGAUCUGGCCGCGACUUUGAUUCAACGCUGCGUGCGCGGCCACUUGACGCGGCGCCAGUACCGGUUCGAGCGCGAGUACCACCAAAUCUACUACCCGAACGUGCUCUCAACGCUACCUUUGGUCAUGGUACCGCUGCGGCUUGUCUUUUUGGCGUGGAAGACUGCCCGCCGGUACCGGAGCGAAACCCAAUCGCGCGCAGCCCACUGCAUUCAGCGCGCGUACCGCCAUAGCUUGCACCAACGGCGCGGUCGGCAGCUGCGCCACCGCCUCCAACGACAGCACGCGAUUCUUCUCUCGCUCCAGCGAACGUUCUACGGCAUUGCCAAGCAGUUUUUCGACGUCUUGCGAACGCUGCGCCAAGCGACAAGCGGCAAGCGCCAUGCAGCGGCAGUGGUGCUGCAGCGGUCGCUCCGCGGCUGGCUCGCGCGGCGCGUCGUCAAGCGCUUGGCUGCGCAGCACGUGGCGUCGCGAUCACUCAUGGCACGCGUCGUCAACCACCGGUCGCGACAGUGGAAGGAGCGCGUUUUGACCGACUGGAAGGCGCUUUUGCGAGCGAGUCGGGAGAAGAAGUGCGACGCCGUCGUCCGCAUUCAGCGACGGUACAGAGCGCUGGUCGCCAUGCGCCGCGCCCGCACCGUGAUGGACAAGAAGGCGCGACAGCUGCGGCUCCUCGAGCAGGCGACCGCGAAACCCAUUGCGCGCUGCUUUCAGCAGUGGGCGUCGAUUCUCAUCUCGAACGCCGUCGACGCGCUCCAGUCGCUCGCCGCGUCACCGCUCCAGCGCAUGAAGGAGCUCGAGCGCGCGCAAACGUCAACCACGCUGCCAUCGCAGCGCGAGACGAACGCGGUCCCGACCAUGCUCUUCUUUCACGUGCUGACGCGCGUGCGCAACACAGGGCUCUGCCACCUCCCGCCAGCACACGGCUUUGACGUCACGCAGCUUCGCCAGCUCUUCAGCCUCGCAACGUCCGUCAUCUCGGACGGCGGUCCUGCCCUGCAGCUGUCGACGGGGCAAGCAAUCGUCGACGCGCUGUACCUCUCGAGCGCCAGUCCCGUGACCAAGCUCAUUCUGUACAACCAUACGCUGCUCGACCUUGUCAAGCUCAGUCGGUGCCUCUCGUUCCCAACGCACCACAUACAGUCGCUCGUGCUUGGCGGCACCAAGCUCUCGACGCGCCACGUGACCGCGCUGGCGCUGGCCUUGCUGCCAGGCCAGAGCCAGCUCGAGCAGCUCGUGCUCGAAUCGUGCAGCCUCGGCAACGGCAGCGGCGCGGUCCUCGCACGAGCGCUCUGCGCCAACAAGACGCUGUGGAAGCUCGACCUCAGUCGCAACCACCUCUCGGACCCCGUGUGCCGGGAAUUCGCCACGCUCCUACUCGAGAAUGGCCGCCUCCAGGUGCUGAGCUUGAACGCCAACGAUAUCUCGGACGUUGGUGUGCUUGGCGCGUUCGUUCCUGCGCUGCGCAACCUCCCAUCGGCGUCGCUGCUCGAGUCCAUGCAGCUCCAGAGCAACCGACGCAUUACCAAGCGCGGUGCGGCCGAGGUCCUGCGCGCGGCUACGCUCGGCUCGCGCCGCCUCUGCGUCGAUACUUGAGGCCACGCGAAAUGGGUGUUAAGUUAUGACUGAUUCAGACAGUAGAAGCGACAGUGCGUCUUCUCUACGUGCGUUUGGUCAAGGCGGCCGAGAUCUUGAGGUGCGCGGUGAAGCCCGGGAGCACGGCGCCGUCGAGGUCGCGCACCGCGCGGUCGACAUCUGCCGCGUUCUUGAGCGCGACAAAGCCAAAGCCGCGCUGCGUGAUGCGGAUGUAGUCGUACGUAAAGUCGGCAAAGAGCCGCGCGAGGUCCGACCGGUUGGCUUCGCUCGGGAGGUUGCCCACGUACACGUCAAACUGGUUGUUGU